AUGGCCAGGGCCCAGGCGGCGGCGGCGGCGAGCGGCGGGGGGCGGGCGCUGCCUGCGGGAAUGGCGGGGCCGGGGAGCUCGGGGAAGGGGCUGGAGUGCACGUCCCCUGCAGAGCAGCUGAGGGAGCUGGGGGUGUUUAGCCUGGCGGAAGGGAAGCUCAGGGGAAACUUUGUUGCUCUCUACAGCUACUCGAGAGGAGGAUGUAGCAAAGUGCAGGUCGGCCUCUUCUCCCGGGCAACCAGCGACAGGAUAAGAAGACAUAGCCUCAAGGUGCGCCAGGGGAGGCAAGUGAUGAAGGUUUACUGCUUUAAUAAUGAAGGGACAGAGUGUGUGGAUUUUAGGCCUCAUAGCUUUGAAGUGCUCACAGGUCCCCCCUGCUGCAGUGAUUCCAGUAAAGGAAGAGAUGUAAGCAUCUCUGUGUCAUCAUCUGUACAAAGCAAAGAGAAUAUUUCCUUACUGGGAAAUAGGAGGCUUUAUUUUGACACUCAUGCGCUAGUAUGCCUCUUGGAAGAAAAUGGGUUCACUACCCAGCAGUCAGAGGUCAUUGUGUCUGCAUUAGUGAAAAUCAUGAAUACCAACCUGGAUAUGAUUUACAAGGACAUGGUCACCAAAGUACAGCAGGAAAUUGCGCUUCAGCAAGUAAUGUCCCAUAUUGGCGGUGUGAAAAAGGACAUGAUUAUUUUGGAAAAAAGUGAAUUUUCAGCACUUCGUUCAGAAAAUGAGAAAAUAAAACUUGAACUCCAGCAGAUAAAGAAGCAAGUCAUGGAUGAAAUUACCAAAGUUCGUGCAGAUAACAAGUUAAACCUAAACCUAGAGAAGAGCAGAGUAAAAGAACUGUAUUCACUUAAUGAAAGAAAACUGCUUGAAAUGAGGACAGAAAUAGUGGAAUUGCAUGCACAACAAGACCGAGCUCUGACCCAAACAGACAGAAAAAUAGACACAGAAGUUGCAGAUCUGAAAACAAUGCUCGAAUCGCACAAACUCGAUAAUAUUAAGUACUUAGCAGGUUCAGUAUUUACAUGCCUUACUGUAGCACUGGGAUUUUAUCGUUUAUGGAUAUAACAAAACACAAAUUUAAAGGGACUUCUUCAUCUGAAAUUCUGAAAAACAGAAGUUUUUAAUCUUUGCCUGGAUUUUAACCAAAUCUUGACUGUUUUAUUUAUUAUUUUGUAAAGCAGACUGUGUUGAGAAUGUAACCAAAGACGUGCCUAGAAACAAACUGUGCACAUACCUUGCAUAURUUGAACCUUACCUCCGACAGAAGCACUUCUGCCGUUUCCCUCCAUUCUGAGCUGCCAGGUACCUGCUGCUCCCAAGUGUCCUACACAGGCAAAGGCGCAUUCGUGCAAAUCAAGUGGACCUGCAUGCUGUAGAGAAAACCAAUGGAAUUAUGUUCCAUUGCCUGUUCAGACAUGCUGGCCAAACUCAGUUGUGUGUAUUGGACUGAAGUAUUGAUUAUUMGUGUAUAACUGAAGCUAUGCAUUCUGUGGCUUGGAGGCACUCUUGUAUAAGUGGAGUUUAUGCUAACUGAAUCAUGCUUACUUCCCUCCCUCUGACACUUGCUCAUACAGUUACUAUGAUCAAAUAUUUGUUUGGCUAUUUUUGUAACCUAGCUAUCAGCUUAUUUUCCAGAUGGCUGCCCAAUCAGUUGUGUUGAUGAGUGACKACUUUGUAAAGAAAGCACUGUUUGCUGCUAGCUUUGUUUGUAAGGUAGUUGUAGAGAUUUUUGGGAAUAACUUGCCUUUGGUAUACAUAAAUAUCUGAUACUCAUUCCAUAUGCUAACUGCUAGCCUUACCACUUUAACUGGAAGUUUGAAAUGCAGUAAAAUACACUAGUUAUGUUAAUUUGUAGUAAAUAAUACAAAGUGUCUCAGAUUAUGGAAGUUAUGAAUCAGGGUCUUAGGCAAGAGAACUGCAGUACCAGAAGACAACAGUCUUCUGGGGCUUUUAUUGUUUCAUUUUUUAAAAAUCAUGUUGAUUCAUCAAAUGUGGAASUCUGAUAGUGAUUAUGUAAUGAAAGCAGUGAGGGACACCUGUGAAGAUGUUUAAUCCACUUCUGAACAAACCCACGUGAAGCAGUAAGUGCCACCACUGAAAGGAGUGAAGAAAGGUGUCCAGUGUAUCCAGGURUCUAUCAUUCUUCCACUGUUGUAAUGACUGCUUUAGCAGCAGAGCUGCCAUCUGUGUUCCUUCAUUUAAGGGAAAUUUCCCUUUCCUGCUUGCUCUUGGGAGAGGAGCUCAGUUUAUGCACUGGUGAUAAAUGCUGUUAGAGCACAAUAAUGGCUUUGCUUGAUGUAAGUAAAGAUUUUUGGCUACUUUGUGCCUAUACUGUAAUAACCAUUUAACAUUUUUGUGGUUGGAAGUGCCAACUUUGAUCAUGUGCAAGGGCAGAGGAAGAGAUGGAUGCCUGUAACAAUACUAUACUGGCCUGAAAUAAAGAAUUUUGAAUAUUUCAUAGAA